GAUCCACCACUCGGGGAACUGCUCAAGGCCGUCACUUAUUCAAAAAACGAACAUAUUAUCAAACUGCCCGAAACUGUAGGAGGUCGUCCACCUGGUCAUGUGGCCGGCGAGGGACAGCGAGACAGUGGCUUUGUGGAUGCAGGCGCUACUCCAGAAGGUGAUGAAUUGGCAACAUUUCCAAGAAGCAAGCAUGGCGAAGAAAGAUUCCCUCAAAUGAUGGACAGAAUGCCUGGGGAUGAUAUUAGGACCGGGCAACCACCUUCAUUGGAAUAUAAAGAAAGACGGAGCAAAGGGAGGAACACUGAUUUCCUAUCAUCCACUAAAUGUGCUCCAUCCGUACCUCUUCACGGAAGUGAAAAAUUCAGGCCUAUCUAUGCCCACUCAACCAGCCCGGCUGCAAGUCGUCGCAACCUCCCUUCAUUACAUGCAAAUCAAAUGGGAGUCCGAAUAUCCUCAACCAGCCAGGUUGCAUUUCGUGCAAUCAAUUUGGAAUCAGCGAGAAAUCAUAGCCCCGCAUUUCAGAGCAUCAAAAACAGCACUGAACGUAACGCGCCAUUUUGUCUUUCAGGACAGCGAGCAGGCAAUAAACUGCAACACUCAGCUACACCAAUCAGACCAAUAAUUGAUCGUGUGUUCCGU